UGCACUGAGUGCAGGGGUGGUAGACGAGUGCAGUUACUUACGUACGUGGGUGAAAAGUGUAUUUUCUCUGCUCCUACUUUCACACAGUGAAACACACGGGGGGCAGGGGACCGAUCCUACAUCGGGUCAAUCACCUUACAGGUGCGUCAUAUAACUCUCAUAAUAUCCGUAUGUUCCUCUGUGGCUACUCUCACGAGUAAACACACGAAGGGGCAUAUGUGAGAGGGAUAUAUGCCGUUCCUGUAAGGGAUAUUAGGGACAGAUUACCACCCUUGUGGUGGUAACACUGAACAGCGUCGCGAGCUGGACGUCGAGUCCGGUGAUCGGCGCUGCGGCCGUUAUUCGUCAUGUACUACUGUGUAGUGUCGGGUCAGUUAAUGUGAAUUUAUUGGGCACGUUUUACGUGAACGGUUAAUGUGAAGUUAUUAUUUCUUUGUAAAGUUAAUGUGAGUUUAUAUGGUUAAUUUGAGUUUAUCAGUGUAUUAAUUGUGUUAAACGGUUCCGCCGAAGAAGGCAAUUAUUAUAUUUGUUUCGUGUAAUUAUCAUAUUAUGUGUAAAUCGACAUGUAACGUAAUGAAUACAUAAUUCUACAAACACCGCGUGUCGUGUAUUAUUCUGUGUAAUAUUAUUUACCAAUCUAGCCGGGAUACGCGAAGAAAUGGAAGAAUUGAAAAACGAAUUGGGUAAAACUAGGAAUAUAGUUCGCGUGCAACGAGUACGAUACCAGCAACUGGUUUCUUUGUUCUCAACCAAACUGCAAGAGAAAGAAGAGGAAACUCGCAACGAUUUACAAAUCAAACAUAUCCAAUUGACGAGAAUCUUGCGAGCUUUAUACGUCUUGGAGGCGAAACUGCGUAAAGAACAAAGAUACCUGAAGAGCACGUUGAUAGAAAGAGAUGGCGUAAUCAGAACCCAACAAAUGGAGAUUACCAAACUGAAAAAAGAAAUGGAAAAUCGAUGCGGUAACUGCGUCAAGUUGAAUUUGCAAAACAUCCACCAAAGUCAAGUUUCAGCCAUCGAUACGGAUACGAAAAAUAGCGACAAUAAACCAGAUUUAAUCAGUUCGAUCGGUAUCAUCGAUUCGUGUAAAGAUACGACGAAUUCGCGUCUGCUGAAAGAAUUCGACGAACCAGUCGCUGCAGUCGUCUCGAAUAGUAAUAAAUUGGAAAACGACGAAAAUACCUACGUUAUCGCCUCGUUGGACGAUUACGACGCUAGUUCAUCUUCGUUACGAGUCCGAGGAACCGGUGCCCACGAAACAAAAGAAACUUUUCCGCAAACCGGUUCGCCGGACGUCGAUGCGGUCGAACAUCAUCAAAACGCCAACAACGAGAAUGCACGCAAUCGAAUCAUAGACGAAAAAUUGCGAAACGAGAUGCGUAAAUUUAAAAUGAAAGAAAACGACCAACGGGAUCUUUAUCAAACCUACACACCUCGCAUGAUUCUGAAAGAAGUAACCGAAAAUUCUCACGAAAAACUAAAUGAUCCCGUUUUGAAAUGCGUCGAACAGAUACUAUCGAGUGAAAACGAACGUCGAAAAAGUACCAAAUAUUGCGUUAAAAAUGUGAAAUUCGACGAUACCGCCGAUAGCUGUAAUUCGAUCGAUGAUGCAGAAAUCGCCGUCAACAAAAAGCAACACCCGGCUAAACCACCGAAACCAAAUUUCACCCAGACGACUACCAAUUUCAACAAAAAAGACUCCAACAAUAGAAACACGACGAUGACCAACGGUACGAAAGUUUCGUUUCACGAAAAUACUUUGUUUGUAAAGUCGUUACCAAAUUACGAAGAGAAUCAAAAAUCUUUCGUUUCUUCGCAUUUAUCGUCGUAUAGCGAAACACACUCGUUGAACGAGCCUGUGGACUCGAGUAAAAGCGCAGUAAAAGGCGAAGACGAGUGUUGCGAGAGGAUCGCAGCAAAUGAAAGUAAAAUAGUCCAAACUGUUUCCACUUUGCUGUCUGAUUCGGCCGAAUCAGAAGACGAAAAGUGCGAAUUAUCUCCGACCGUUUCGCAAAUGGUGAAAAAAUUCGAAGGAUUGAAAUGCGCGAAGAAAAAUAUCAAUAAACAAGGUUUAAAUGCUUUGAAAAAUGACGCCACAUUUCAAACAAACUUUGAAGAGUUCCAUUUAGUGGAUAAAGAAAUAGAUUCUACUUGCGAAGAUAUUGUCAAAGACAGUGCGAUUCGUUUGGAAGCAGAAGGAGAAGAAAAUAACAUCGACAGUAUUAUAAUUGAGACAACUAAUAGUAGCACUGCUAAAUAUGAAGCGUUUUUAGAAGUUACAGGCCUUAGUCAAAAAUCUAUAUUGACUCCUAGUCGUAUUUUAAGUAAUCAUCGGAAUGUGGUUAAACCAAAAGAUGUAAAAUAUCGCAAUCGUGUCAAGUCAGCGGUCAUUGGAGAAAAGUGCGCCAAUGGCUCUAUUACUAGUCCUACCAUGAAAUAUUGGACGGAACCAUAUUUAUAAUUUAUAAAAAUUAUGUCGUACCUAUUUAUAUGUGAAUUACAUAUUUUUUAUUGCGUUU